UUUCAUUGACAUUUACGUCAUUAGUUUCGUCCAACUGAAGAGUAUGGUGAAAUUCGCUUUUUCUUUUAAGUUGAGUCGUAUGAAUAAUCUAAAGAAGUUUCACAUAAAAUCAGAACAGAAAAGUGCUGCGAUAUUUUAAACAUUAAAACUUUUCCCAGCAUCGAAGUGAAAAUGAACAAUCGGACAAAAAGAGUAUUUCUGAAUGUUGACUACUACGGAUUUCUUGGAGUGCCACCUUGGGCAACAGAAGCCGAAAUAAGAAAAAAUUACCGACGGCUCCAACUCAAACAUCAUACGGACAAAGAUGGCGAUCUCACAACAUGUCUUCUGCUCAAUGAAAUCAAGCGAAUUCUUCUCGACAAAGAAUUGCGUCGAGUAUACGAUUCAACGAGAGACUACUCAGAUGCCACAGUCCAAUUUCAGAAUGGGUCAUUCGGUAAUCGUCUCGCAAAGCUUCCGUGUCCAAAGAAAACGUCUGAUGACAUCCUGAAAGACAUAGCAAAGUGGAAAGAUGAAUUCGGUGGCUUGGUGUUUAAUAACAAUAUUCAGGAUUCAUUGACAAAAAUUCUGGAUGAAAUAAUUAACGACCAUGCACCGAUCAGAGAAGAUAAUGACGCUUUCUAUUGCAAGAUCUGCGACAAAUUGUUUGUUUCCGAGGAUGACCAUUUCGACAAUGUGCUGGAGCCAUACAUCGACGAGAUAAUUGGAAAUGAAAAAGAUGAUGCCAACGAUGUUGAAUUUCCAAAAAUUUUUGAUUUUCUGCUAAAAAAAUUGGAACCGCACGACAAAUUGCCCACAUUCGACUCCAAGGACAUUGAUGUACUGCUAAGUGCGGCAGACAAAGCUCUCAAAAUGACGGAAAGGAACAGAGCGUUGAACCUCUACCAUGAAGCUGUUACAAUUCUUUCAACUGUUGGCGAUGAUGAUGAGCACGAUGUCUUCCAAAUAUUACUUUCGAUCAUCAUCAAAGUAUUUGACAAUGAUGAUUAUUCUCUCGUUUAUGCAUGUAAGUUUCUGCUGGCAUCCUACAUUGACCAAUUCAGUUCAUCUGAAACGAUUCAAGACAUUUUCCGACGAAAAUUCAUGAAAGAAACGGAUUUGUCGUCGUACAAAAUGGCAUUGGCUUCGCUGCAUUACUUGCCAGAACUGCUUAACAGCGACACUUGGGAUGAGUUUGUGUCAUGGGAACAAAAUUUAUUUUACGAUGCAAUUAAGGAAGCAAUGAACAAUGUAAAUCAUGACAGUCUUCUCGAGAUCUUGAAACUUGUCAAUUGUCGCACGGUAAAUCCAGUCGAAAUCUUCAUUAACGAAAAGCACGAAGAUUACGAUUUAACGGGAAUAACGGGCGAUUACAAGGUUGCCAUAUUACUAAUUGAAGGGACCGUGGCUAAGCAGAGAGGAGAAGUUACAUCAGCAGCAGAUAUUUUCCAGGAAACCGUGAAAUUAGCCGCUACCUGCUCGAAUCGACAAAUCUCCGGACAAAUUGUCAACAUGGCCGCCGAGCUCUGUGCGGAUCCAAUAUUUCAUCACAGUCUUCGCAUUAACGCCCGGAGUGAAUUGGUUGAUUUAAAGUCCACGCUUGUCAAUUCCGGUGAAGUUACAAACGUUCAACGUUUCCCCUCAUUUUUAUCGCCAAUAGAUCCAGCAACUCCUGGCCAAAUCAAAUUGGGCAGAUUAUAUGCUCCCACGGGCAAUUUAAGAGUGGCAUUGAAGAAUGAAGAUGCGAUCGCCGUACGUUUUAAGGAUUCCUACUUCAAAAAGGCUUUGGCUUACUUCGAUCUAUCCGUGGCAUCGGGUCAGUCUCGCUUUUUAAUAAGUUGCAACCAGCAAGCAGUUUGCUAUUUGUUGAAAGAAAUGGAGUGUCUCGAUAGCAACAACGACAAAGCGACUGUGUACGCUUAUUCGAAAGUCAUCGAAAAGCAAUGUUCAUUAACAUCGCAAGUAGCGUCGCUAUAUGGGGGACCUUACAUGAGUAUUUCCGUUCAUCGUUUCAUUGCUUCAGCACUUCUUGCUUCCGUUACGGCAUUGGCCAAAUGUCUAUCGACUGAAAAGCCGUCACUGGAAAACCCAGACAUUUGUGAUACAGAAAUAAUUCCAUCAGCGUUCAAGGCAUCUGUCAAUAAAGUUUGGACAUUGCAGAAAGUAAAUCCCUUGAUAAUGUAUCCAUGCUCUAUUGCCCUUUCUGAUCAACUAAUUCUCGAGAAUUGGACAAACGCAUUUCAAAAUGCAUUUAUCGAAGCCAAAGUCAACUCGCUGCAUUAUCCAGACUAUUUUCCGGACCAUCUAUACAACUACUAUCAGUUCGACAGCGUGUGGCUCGGUUGGAAUAGGCCUGAUAAGCCAAUCGAAUUACAUGAAUCAAGACUUGCAGCAAUGAUGAGCCUACUCAAUGCCAAAGAAUGGGACAUUGCUGAGGUAGAACGUAAUAUGGGCUGGCCUUUAAUCCGAACCACAGACAGCGGCUGGAAGAACAACGAAGAAUUCGAUUUAAAUUUCGAUGAAUAUCCCGAAAGUGAUGUUUUCUCAUCCUGCACCGGCUACGAAUUGAAUUCAACAACUGGCGCGUUUGAAAUUUAUUUUGAUCGGGGACAAACAGGCGUUCCGAAAUUGUUCUCGACGAACGAUUUAGCAGAAAUAUUUGAAAAUUGCAUUGACGAUGCAUUUUUCACUCUAGAAAGUCCCGAUCCAUCGUUGAAUUCGCAUCCAUUCCAAGAAUUUUCCUAUUGGCCUCAUUCGUUGAAAGGCACCGAUUACCUGCAUACUUUACUCCAUGCAGAUUUAUUGUUGAAAGAAUUUACAACGGGAGUGGAAAUCAAUACUCUAGCUCCAUUUGAUCUCAGACCGAUAAAAGAUGGUUUUAUGCAAAGACUUCCGCCGCAUUUGCAAUCACUGCUGAUCCCAAUACUGGAACGUCACCGCAACCCCAUCAAUUUCAGUCCAAAAGCUAAUCGCUUUUGGAUUCAGAUAGAGUCAAUAGAGUGUAAAAAGGGCGAAGGCUCUGUCCAGGAAGCCUCAAAGCAUAUCUUUGGUCAUGUCACGGUAAAGGUUAACACACACGUGCUAACGAGAGGACCUGAUGGUAAAUAUAAGGAUGUAGAAGAAAAGCAAAUACUUGACAGUGCUGAAAAUCAAUUUGCACGAGCGUUCACGAAACAUUAUGACGAGAUCGGCAAAUAUUUUCCUGUACUCCUCCGAUUGAAAGAAUUGGCAAAAAUUGGGGCAAUCCGUAAACAUUUGGGAGCGGUUCUUGGUAAUAGCCGUACAUCAAUUGAUGCUCUUACAACGAGAGAUGAAAGCAGUGAGAUUCUUAAAAGUAUCAAUCACUGUGUUGAGACAACCAUUACCAGCUUUAGAGAUCGAGAACGGAAUCCACCACAUCCAAUUUACACCGAAGAAAAAGUAAAAAUGGAUUUAACGGAAGUAUUACGCAAAAAUAAUGUCCUUGGUAAGGAAUUUCUAGUUGCACCAGGAGAAAUUGACAGAGUUAAACAAGCCAUUCGCAACAACUUAAUGGAGGCAGACAUCAGUCGCUUUCAGUUUUGUGCUAAUGAGUUGGGGCGAUGCUUCGAAAUACCGCCAGAUUCUUUGAAACAAUACAUCCGGGGAUGGUUCGAUCGCAACCCAACAGAUACAUCAACCUUGCAACGACUCUGUAUUGAUGGCCAAAUUCAGGCACACUUAAAAUCAAUGCGAAUGUUAGCUUCUGGUCUGGAAGAGGGCGGAAUAAUCGUACCUAAAGACCACAACGGCAUUGUUGAAAUGAAAAACUACGGUGAAUGUAGCUGGGUGCCUGCAACAUUUUGCAAAGAAUUUGCUUGUCCUGUUGAACCACCUCUAUUGUCCGAUGAAUCGGACAUUGAAUACUUUAAUGAAGUCGACGAUGAAAAUGACAAAAAAGGUUCUGCAGAUGUAGAGCGGAGAAAUUUACAUCAGUCUGGUGCUGUAAGCAUUCAAGCGAAGCAAAACUUACAACUUCCAUGUGAAAAGGAUGUGCCAGCUCUUUGUGUUGAGCAGUCGACCACCACGGCUGUUAGUACCAUCGAACCCACCGAAACGGCGAAAAAAAUUGAAGUUCUCGGAAAGUAUGAUGAUACAGUCCAAAGCGAAGCAGUGCCUGUGGAAAAUGACAUACCCAGCAGUGCUGCUGCUAAAGACGGUACUGCGCAAACAUCCGGCAGCAAGAAGAGACGUAAAAUACACAAACCUCGACUGGUCAAACCUCCACGCAUUUAUGGAGGAGUUUCAGUGAAUCCUAGAGUUAAUUGGGUAGACGUCGGAUUGACUGUUGUCACUCUAUUGCCUCUUGGUCGAUUGUUCGCAGUUGGCGGAAGACUGCUUCGAGGAACAUUUCAAGCUUUUAGGCUGGCCAAAGCUGCUAGUGUGGUUACAAAAGGGAUUCAAGCCAGCGGUCGCGUCUCAGGAGUGGGUCGCUACUCAACACUGACAAAACAAAGCACCAUGCAAGUGCAUGCUCAUCACUCCGUGGCGAAUGCAUACAAUCGUCAAUUUGGUAUCAAAAAAGGUCAAGGAAUCAGCAUAUUAUUGAAUAGAGGCGUUCAUACAACCGCACAUCGAGAAGUCGGAAAAGUGUGGAAGAGCAAGGGUCUUUUGAAGGGUAAUGCAAAGGUACCCACAUUUGAUGCGAGUAAUUCGGCAACGUAUCCAAGAAACAUUUUGGGUCAGAUGACAAUGGCUGAACGACAAGCUUUGAGACAGAACGGGCUUUAUGGAACGGAUACCAGACGUAUGCUUGCUGAGAAAAUUCGCCAAAAUAAGACUUCGUUCAAGGAAAUGUAUGAUAAGAGUCUGUUCGAUCCAAAAAAUCCUCCGAAGUUCUAACGAACGUUCAUUUAAAAUGGUUUUCCGAUUCCAAGUGUCGAAGACAUAUACUUUUUCCGUACAAUUGAUUGCUCAUCCUCAUCAUCAUAUAAGA